GAUAAGGUGGGAACGACUUUUCAAAAAAAAAAAAAAGAUAAGGUGGAAACCUUAUGUAUAAAUUAACUCUCAUGCAAACAUCGACAGUACAUGCAGUCAUCUCGCUGCCGCUACACUCACGAAUGGCGUAUGACAAUAACAACACCGUUUCAUACAUGCCGCCGCUGACGGAGGAAACAACCGCCACCUCCAACCCUUCGUCGCCGCUGCCAUUCGACCUCGUGGUGGAAAUUCUGUGCAGGCUUCCUGUGAAAUCCCUCUUGCAACUCCGCUGCGUAUGCAAGUCUUGGAAUUCCCUAAUCUCCGAUUCCAAAUUCGCCAAAAAGCACCUCCGUUGUUCACCGAAGGACUUCACCCGCCACCACAUCAUCUUAGACCAUACGUUGAACCAAAAAUCCCUAAUCUCUCAUCUCAAAUCCCUAAUCUUUCAUCUCAAAUUCGACGAAAGCGUUAUCAUGGCUUACCCGCUCCAAUCUGUUUUCAACGCGGCUGUGGCCGCCACCAUCACCCUGCUCGAGUACCCUUUGAACACGCAAAACCUAGUUGAUUUCAUCGUUGGCUCCUGUAAUGGCUGCAUCCUCUGCUUGGACAUUGAUCAAAGCUCUCCUCUUUUAUGGAACCCUUCCACCCGGAGAUUUAAGAAACUACCCUCUUUGGAAAAUCCACUGCUAGAGGAAGAAGACUGUCAUUAUUACACAACAUACGGUUUCGGUUAUGAUCAUUCCACUGAUAGGUACAAGGUGGUUGCAGUUUUCUGCUACGAAUGUGAUGACGAUGAGGAAGAUGAUGAUUUUUAUUACAAGACACAAGUCAAGGUUCAUACUUUAGGUACAGAUUCUUGGAGGAGUAUUCAAGAGUUCCCUUCAGGUGUUGCAGUUUUUGAUACGGGCAAAUUUGUGAGUGGUACUCUUAAUUGGUUGGCAGAUGAUUCAACAAACUUAAACCCGGUUAUUGUUUCUUUUGAUCUGGGGAAGGAAAGUUAUCAUGAAAUUUUUCCGCCUGUUACUAGAGAAUUGGUUUUGGGUUUGGGGGUGUUGAGAGAUUGUUUGUGCAUCAUCUCUGAUCCUCCUGAUAGGUUUGCUGAUAUUUGGCUUAUGAAGGAGUAUGGAAAUAAAGAUUCGUGGACUAAAUUAUUCAGUAUGAAGAUGAUGGAAGAAGUAGAACUUUUAUAUCCCAACUUACUUCAUAUUUCUGAGGAUGGUGAAGUGCUACUGGUGCAGCUUAGAGAAAAGUUAGUUCUUUACAAUUCCAGAGAUGCCACUUUUAAGACUCCUCCAAUUCAAGAUUUCGAUAGUUUUAUGGACUCGGCGGUCUAUGUAGAAAGUUUAAUAUCACCUUGUUCUUUAUAAUAGGAUGUGAAUAUUAUGCUUGAGGAAUCCUUCAAAGU